GGGCGCGCACCGGAGAGCGCACGCGAACAUUCAUGCUUGCGGCGAAAUUAAACCAGAGCGUGAAGUGUCCGUCAAACUCCACCUUGAAAAUAAAGCGCAAUUCUUUAACGCGUGUGAGUCGACAGAGUAACAUCCACAGGUCAGUGACUGUACCAUCACCAGUGGGUGGAGUUGCCGCGGGCCUCUCUGUCUGUUCAGUGCCUCUGGGACAUCCUGAAUCCUGUUGGACCCCUUGACGACCCGUCUAUCUUCCCUCCUCCUCCCUCUGUCUCCCCUCCCCUCUCCUCCCAGCCUCUGGUUCAUUAUUCAACCUCUCUAAGGAGAGGAGCCCAGUAACCAGCGAGGAAGAACUGUGUCUUUUUGCCAAAUACAAAAGGAGAUAAGAGAGAGAGUAAAGAAGGGUGAAAAAAAGGAGAGAAAGAGAGCGAAAGGACAAAGAACGGUGAGAGAAAAUGGACCAAGACAUGUGAGAUGCCCUGGAUGGAAAAAAACACCAACUGCACUCCUGCGGCAUGACUUGAAACAGCCUGUAAAACUGGAACAGCCAGCAACUCUGGACCAGACUGGGCACACACACUCUCUGAGUCACACACUCACUACACACACUUGAAGUGAGUUGGGUUGGUUUGGUUUAACAUCUACUUUGCUAUGCCAGUCUGAGGAGGAGUGUUCGCCAUGCCAGCCAAGGGGAAGUACCUGUUGAACGACCAGGAGCUGAAACAUGAGGCUCUGUACCGCAAGUUCUCCUGUAUCAGCCAGUACCAGCCGCUGGUGCUGCUGCUGGGCCUGUCCAUGCUCUGCUGUGUAGUCCUCCUCAUCCUCUUCUUCGCCCUGCAGCUGAGUGCGGAGGAGCACUUUGCGUUCGUGAGCGUGGUGAGCUGCAGCCUGUGCGUGUUCCUGGCCGUCUUCGUGCUGGUGUGCACCGAGACGCUGACUCAGCGAUGGAGACGCCUGCUGGGCAUGGUGGUCUGGGUCACGCACCUCACCAUGGGCUUCACCUUCAUCUUCAGCGGACCCCUCAUCCUGCCCUGGGACCAGGUUCCGUUCUUCCUCUUCAUCAUCUUCACGGUCUACACCAUGCUGCCGUUCCCCAUGUCCAACGCUGUUCUGCUCAGCGUCAUCACCUCGCUGGCCCACAUCCUGGUCCUAACCUUGCGGCUCACCGUCUUCAGCACACACAUCCUCCCUCACCUAGCCAGCCAGCUCCUGUCCAACGCGGUGGUUUUCCUGUGUGGUAGCGUGGUGGGGGCUUUCCACAAGGUCCUGAUGGAGAGGACCCUGAGGCAGACCUUCCAGGACACCCUGCGCUGCCUGGGGAUCCGCAUGAAGCUGGAGAUUGAGAAGAGACAGCAGGAGAACCUGCUGCAGUCGGUGCUGCCAGUCUACAUAUCUAUGAAGAUGAAGUUGGCCAUCAUGGAGCGUCUGCAGGAAUGUAAAGACAAGGAGGCACAGCAGCGACUCGUAAAAGACAACAACUUCCACAGCCUCUAUGUCAAGAGGCACGAGAAUGUGAGUAUCCUGUAUGCAGACAUCGUGGGCUUCACCCGAUUGGCCAGCGACUGCUCUCCCAAGGAGCUAGUCGUUAUGCUCAAUGAACUGUUUGGGAAGUUUGACCAGAUUGCCAAGGAGAACGAGUGCAUGAGAAUCAAGAUUCUGGGAGACUGCUACUACUGUGUGUCUGGCCUCCCUGUCUCUCUGCCCAACCACGCUAAGAACUGCGUCAAGAUGGGGUUGGAUAUGUGCGAGGCCAUCAAACAGGUGCGCGAGGCCACAGGUGUGGACAUCAACAUGAGAGUGGGCGUACAUUCCGGCAACGUGCUCUGUGGCGUGAUUGGUCUUCGGAAAUGGCAGUUUGACGUGUGGUCACAUGAUGUCACCCUGGCCAAUCACAUGGAGUCAGGAGGCUUACCUGGGCGUGUCCACAUCACAAAAGCCACCCUCAAGCACCUGAACAAGGCUUAUGAGGUGGAGGAAGGAAACGGGCAGCUGAGGGACACCUACCUGAAGGAGCUCAACAUCCAGACAUACCUGGUCAUAGACCCACGAUCUAAGGACCAGGCCCUCAACAGCCGCAGCGUCCCUAAGCCCAGGGUAAAUGACGGUCUGAAGAUGCGGGCGUCGGUGCGCAUGACGCGCUACCUGGAGUCCUGGGGGGCUGUCAAGCCCUUCGCCCACCUGCAGAGCCGCGAGAGUUACACCACUGACGCCAUGGUCAACGGCAAGGCCCGCUGCAAGGACAUCCCCCUGCGCUCAGCCCCUUGUUCUAAGAUCCCUGAGAGCUUUGACGAGUCUUUAGAGGAGCCCUUCUCCUUGCCCGCUCCUCCCAGCACCCAUAAAGCUGCAUUCUGCUCUUCUCCUGUGGAACAGGGUGACACCAGGAACAAAUCUCAGAAGAGCAAGUUUGACGAGGAGCUACACAAUGAGAUGACCACGACCAUCGACGAGCUCAGCAACAAGCAGUGGGUGAAGUCUGAGGAGAUCAGCAGCUUAGCUUUGUGGUUCCCAAAGAAAGAGCUGGAGAAGCAGUACCGCGCCAUAGACCUGCCUAUGUUCAAGCACUACAUCAGCUGUGCCACCUUCAUUUUCUUCUGCAUCUUCAUGGUUCAGAUGUUUGUGACUAAAGAUCCCCGGAGGCUGGGCAUUUCUUUUGGAGUGUUGGCCUGUGUCCUCCUGUUGACCCUGGUCAUCUGUUUUGCGGGUCAUCUACAGCGGUUGUUUCCAGAGAAGCUGUCUACCUGCCACUGGCUGUCUGCCGUGUCAGAAGCGGUGGUGAAGAAGCCAUGCGUGCGCCUCCCCCUGGCCACCAUCACCACUGCAGUCAUCGUCAUCCUCGCCGUCUUCAACCUGUGCUUCAUCCAGACAGAGCCUGUGCAGUCUGUCUGUGACUUUCUGGAUAUGACUCGCUCCAACGACUCGCACCUGCACGACCAGCACGCCGACCUCUUCUACUUGCCUUACUCUGUGUACAGCUGUAUCCUGGCACUCAUAGCUUGUGGGGUGUUCCUGAGGGUCAGCUUCGAGCUCAAGGUGUUCUUCCUCACCGUGGCCUCCACUGCCUACUACAUCCUCAUCCUCAGCUCCAGGAGUGAUCUGUUCACUUCCUACGAGCAAAUCCUGUAUGCUGAGCUCGACGACAACUCGACCUGUGGCAGCUCUGGAGAUCUCAUCCUGAAGAGGCUGGGCCUCGUAAAGGACCCCAGGGUGAUGAGCUGCAUGUACAUCACACUGUUCCUGGUCACCAUGUUCCUCAUCUCACAGCAGAACGAGUCCUGCUUCAGACAAGACUUCCUACUGAAGAACAAGAACCGUACAGAGCAGGACGAGAUCGAGACCCGGGAGAACCUGAACCGGCUGCUCCUGGAGAACGUGCUGCCCGCCCACGUGGCCGCCCUGUUUGUCGGGGAGAAUAAAAAGAACGAGGACCUGUACUACAAAUCAUAUGACUGCGUGUGUGUGAUGUUUGCCUCGGUGCCCGACUUCAAAGAGUUCUACACAGAGUGUGACAUCAACAAGGAGGGCCUGGAGUGCCUGAGACUACUCAACGAGAUCAUCGCCGACUUUGAUGAGCUGCUCUCUAAGCCAAAGUUCAGUGGAGUGGAGAAGAUCAAGACUAUAGGCAGCACAUACAUGGCUGCUGCCGGACUCAGUGGAACACCAGGACAGGAGAACAACCAGGACAGAGACAGGCAGCAGGCCCAGAUCGGAAACAUGGUGGAGUUUGCCAUCGCCCUCAUUGGCAAACUGGAUGGCAUCAACAGGCACUCCUUCAACAGUUUUCGUCUCCGUGUGGGGAUCAACCAUGGGCCUGUUAUAGCUGGGGUUAUCGGAGCCAGGAAACCUCAGUAUGACAUUUGGGGCAACACUGUCAACGUGGCCAGUAGGAUGGAGAGUACUGGAGAACUGGGCAAGAUCCAGGUUACAGAGGAGACGUCUGAGGUGCUGAAGAAGCUGGGCUACUCCUGCGAGUGCCGAGGCCUCAUCAAUGUCAAGGGGAAGGGUGAGCUGAGGACCUUCUUUGUGUGCACGGACAUGAGCAAGCAGCAGGGCAUGGGCCUGAGCUGAGGCCAGCCUCAGUGACCACUGGCCCUGGAGGCUCCGGCUGGGCUGCUGUUGGGAGGGGAGCACAGGACAUGGGGCCACGAUACACAGGCCCCUCCCUUCUCUCUACUCAGAAACAUGGCCCCGGCACAUUCAGCUUUACUAGACCAUCAUCAGUGUUGCAGUGUCGCAUAUGACUGAAGAGAGGAUUUGAUUGAGGACAAGAACUCAUUGCCACUUGAAAACAGACUGUGUUCAAGCACUGAACUUGACAUGAGUUUGUCAGCCCCCUUUUGUUUGAGACUGGUUGGAUUCGUAUUCUGGUGGUGAUAAUAAAAUGCAUGAAAAUGGACACAGAUGUAAAUAUUCCUUCCAGCUGAUCUGUUUUCUAAAAUAUAACUAGAUACUUUUGUUUAGUGAAAGGUCUCAUAAUAUUUCUUCUAUCCCAGUUUGGCUGUUGCCUGUGAUGCACAAAUGUAGAUGUACUAUAUUGAAGCCAAAUACUGUUUCAGCCAACUGAGUUUACUUGCGAUUCUCUGUUGAAUGAAUGAGAUAAAAGCUGAAUAGAAUGUUGCUUUGUUCUGCCUGGUUGUUCAACCAGUGCUGUCACAUGGGCAUAACAGAAGGAAAUACAAUAUUUUAACUUUGGUAUAAAUGUAGGAAACACAGUAUUUGAAAUUCACUUGAUUAUAACUAGCUGACCAGUAUGUCAAGGCUAGUGUUUUCCGAGUAGUCCUGUUUGUUACCUGUAUGAAUGUCUUAUGCUGCCUGUCUGCAUUUGUUGGGGAAUAACUGUCUGUACUGACCAGAGCUGGGAUCAACUCAAGGUGUAAAUCACGUUUAGUUUUUUUAAAACCAAACCCGAUACUGACUGUCUCGUAUCUUGUGUGUAAGCAGAACUGUCUACUCACUGAAUUCUCUCAUUAUUGCCGCUGUAUUCCUCUGUGCCUCGGAAAACUGUUGCUGUGGGGCCUUAUGUCUUCGACCGACUAAGGUUGUUUAUAAUAGAUUAAUUGUGUUGCUUUCAUGUGAACUGUAUGCUGUCUCACCAAGGAACAAAGUUCGCAUUUUGUACAGUAAUGGAAUGUUAUAAAUGGUUUUGCAAGUUUGA